AUGGCGCCGAUUGAUCGCCACGAGCGACGGCAGCAGCGCGUGCGCGGCGCUGGACCAUCCUCAGUCCAGGCGAGCUUUGGCUUCAACAUUGCGGGCCUCGCAAAAGCGCCAGCGAAACAGACGUCGCUCCCUCCGCAACGCUCGUCGCGGCGGACGCCAGUCCACAAGACACCACGCGACGCGAAUGGAUCCGCACAACGUAAUCGAAGCGCAUCUGUUCAGCGAAGCAGCAGCGCGCAGCGACAUAUUACACCCAGGCAAAACACUGUGACGCCGCAAUUGGGCAAGAGGAAGCGGGGCUCGAAGGAUGCGCAGGCCAGCGAAGACGACGGACAGCUAGACGAGCUCAGCCCUGACCGGCCUGAGGAAGUGCACUCGAUUGAGAAGAGCAGGAGAGUUCCUGGAAUGGUGUCGCCCAUACGUGAAGAGGUUGACGAUAUCCCGGAUGAGCUUUCAAUACUGGAAGAGGGGACGAUGAGCAUCCGGAAACCAGGCCCCAACCCGUCGGUUGUCGCUGGAGGAACGCCUGCUUCUGUGUCUGAAAAACCACGCGACUCCUCUGGUAGCGCACGCGAGAAGACACCCAUUGCCAGUCGAAUUAGCAGUAUGUCCAUCAGUUCGCAUACUGCAAUGGUGCGGAGAUCCAAGUCUACCGAACCGCCGCCAAUCACACCAGCUAUCCUUCCGAACGGUCGACCGAGGCUAUCUUCCGCUUCCCACUUUGGGCCCGAGUUUACGACUCCGAGCGCUGUACAAGAUGGCGACGACGGUGGUGACAGCGAGGACGAGUUGUCGCCUCCACAAUUGAGCGGUGCCACUCCGCGAGUUAUUGCCAAGGCGAAGCCGACCCAGCGUAGCGUACAGGAUGACUCAAUGGAGCUGGAUGAGCUUUCGUCACCGCCGCAGCCUACAUCUACCUUGCAGACCCCCCAGCCGGGACCACCAAAACAAGCCAAGCAGCAGCAAGAGCCGAGCGAAGCGCAACGAGACAAACAACAAGCUGCCCCUCCCCCUGCCAAGCGCGGCAGGCCUCGACGCGUAGUGAUGGACGAAGAAGAUGAAGUUCAGGCAACGCCGGCAGCCAGCAAGCAGAAGAAGACGAGUCUCGACGUACAAGAGGAGGGUGAUGCUUAUGACACGGCUGACGAGAUUUCACCCGAGGCAACGCGAACGAAGCCAUCCCUUACGAAGGCUGUGCGUCGCGGGAAGGAGAUAGCUGACAUCUCUUCCGCUGAGGAAUCGGACAAUUACUCACCGGAGCUGGAAGAGGAACCGGCAGAACCCGCUCCACGCCCUGCCUUAAAACCGAAACCAGCCAAAGCCUCAAGCGACAAACCGCCCCUGAAACGUCCGAGGUAUACCGGACCGAAGCAGGCAAUUUCCGUCAUGCGCAUCAAGGGCUCAACCGUCAGGGGAGUGACAGUCGCCGACACGACGCGCACGAUCCUCGAACAGAACAUCGAUUAUCAAAUCAAUAGGAUGGUGGAGAAGAUGCAGAAAGCUCAGGAUCCUGCACGCCGGAGAGAGAUUCGCGGCGAGGUGAACCUUACUCUCGCUUUCAAAGAGAGCCUGAAUGAGAAGUUGCUGGAUCUGCAGGACGCGAAUGAUACCCUUAGCUCGGGUUUCAAAAAGAGGAAGCUCUUGAAGAAUGGCAACAUUGAGCGAAGGAAGGAGAUCUUGUCUAUACAGAACAGCAGACAGGAGAUUGCUCUGGAGAUGGAUGAUGAGCAAGCGAAAUACGAUGCCGAGAGACAAAAGGUGGAGGCAAGGAAUAAGCUCAGUGCCAAUAUAUUUGAGAUCCAGGCAGCGAUCCAGAACGGACGAGAGCGCGCAAAGAGAGAAGGUAGAGAAGAUGAAGGCCCGGAUGUGCCGCUGAGCAUCUUGCUCGAGACUGUGGGAAGAGACGUCGGAUCUUUUGGUGGUGGACUCUUGUCGGGCGCCAAGGCCUUCAAUAGUGCAUUGGAGAGGGCGGCAGGAUGGCUUGAGGGUAGAGCUUGA